CUCGGAUUAAAAUCGUCCUUGGAAUCUAGUAUUGUCUCACCAUUUCCUCUAACUUUUUAUACCCUUUGACUGUGGCCAAACCAUCUGCCACAUCAUGAUGCAGUGCUGCCCUGAACCUAAAGCUGGCCCUAAGAGUUUUUGGUGCUUUAUGGAGAUUGUCCAAUAUCCUACUAAUAACCUUAUUCUCCCAUGCUUCGAAUACAACUACAUGCGCUUCUGUACUUGUCACCGGCGGGCUGAUAGUACCUUCUCCAGCAUCCCCCACAUCACAUCACUAGGUGUCCUCUCUGAAGACGAAUCUUUAGAGGCUGAAGAACGAUGGUCGCCGGAAUCACCACUUGCGCUCGAACCAGCGCUACUCUCCGGUGUGAUGGUUUCGGGCAAAUCCUACAGUUCCUGUGGCACUACCAUCGUAAUCUGUUCCACCGACAUAACACCCUCUUCUUCGUCCCUCCCUUGGUUACCCUGAAGCUCUCUUAGAUCUUGAAAGGAAUCUAUUUUUACUUGGAUGUUGGAAAUCUGAUGUUCUUCCACGUUUAGAGUUUUGAGGAAUGCGCCUGAAAUACUUCUGUAACCUUUGCUGCGAAAAAUGACAAACAGUAUUGUAAAAUGAAACAGAGAAAUGGUUAAGUGACUGUUUUUGUUACCUCUCUCAAACAAAUCACGCACCUGUAA